CACCCGCCUUCCUCCGCCUCCUCUUCCUCCUCCUCCUCACCUUCGCCGGCCGCCGCGCCGGGUGACCCAGAUCGCGGCGGCAGCAGCAGCACACCCGCCCGGCGAGGAAGGACGGCCCGGGACGGCGGGGAUGGCGCGGCGCGGAGCGCACUGAUAUCACCUGCAAAGAAGAGGUUAUCAGUGAUCAACAGAUUGCGGUUCUAGCAGCACAAACCAAACGGUCACCAUGAAACACUUCCUAAGGACUUCUGCAAGCAAGAAUUCCCUUUUAUAAAGAACAACCCUUUGAAAACAAACUUGUUACUUUUUAUGCUGUUCAUGUUACAAAUGGAAGAUUUCAACUGUUGUAAGCUUGAGAUGGAUGAGUAGUAGAAAAUUGAAGGAUGUUUGUCCAGGUAUGCCUGUACUUCUACUGCAAAUGCUUGUGGCGCUGCCUGAAAUUCGUGGUCAGGAAACUAACAGGUCAAUGUGAAUUGCAAAGGAUCUGUUACAAUACCAAACCUGGAGCUGCCAGAACUAUGAAAAUAGAGGCAUCACUGAAAGGUUCAAAAAGUAAGCGGCUGCAAACUUCAGUAAGUGUUCACCCUGAUGCUAUUGAAAAAACUAUAGAUGACAUCAUGGAGCUGAAAAGGAUUAAUCCAGAUAUAAAUCCACAGUUGGGAGUAUCUCUUCAGGCAUGCCUGCUGCAGAUUGUGGGGUACAGAAAUCUGAUUGCAGAGGUUGAAAAGCUGCGCAGAGAGAUGUACGAUUCGGAGAAUCCGCAACAUGAGGAAAUGCUUCUGAAGUUGUGGAAAUGCUUGAAGCCCAAUUCGCCACUGAAAGCUCGGAUUUCAAAGCAGUGGUGUGAAAUUGGUUUCCAAGGUGACGAUCCUAAAACAGACUUUAGAGGAAUGGGUCUCCUGGGCUUAUAUAACUUGGUGUAUUUUGCCGAAUGGGACACUGAGAUAGCUCAGCAAGUUCUCUCUGAUUCUCUUCAGCCUAAAUACAGGGAAGUCACUAAGAAGGAACCAAGCCAAUUCAGCAAAGCCGAAUGGGAGAAGAAAAAGCUUGAUAAGGCAAUCGGCUAUUCUUUUGCUAUCGUGGGCAUUAACAUAACAGACCUCGCAUACAACCUGCUUGUGAGUGGAGCUCUGAAGACCCAUUUCUACAAUGUUGCUCCAGAAGCACCAACACUAACUCACUUUCAGCAGACGUUCUGCUACUUAAUGCAUGAAUUCCACAAAUUCUGGAUUGAAGAGGAUCCACUGGACAUAAUGGAGUUCAAUCGUGUCAGAGAAAAAUUUCACAAGCGACUCUUGAAACAGCUCCAGAACCCAGAGAUGGCUCUGUGCCCUCAUUUUGCUGCAUCAGAAAGUUUAAUCAAUAUGUAGUUACUCACUCGAUUUUAUUUGGAAACACUAUCUCACUCUUGUAUUAGAUCACUGUUUAGACCAUCACUAGCAUACUGAAUGACCAUGCUGAUUGUAUGCAUGUUUUUGGUGCAGUAUUCAUCUAUUUUUGUCACAGGUACUAGAUCCCCUUAUGCUUCUCUUUUGGGGGAUUUCUCAUUUUAAAGGGGUGCUCAUAUUGCCGCGUUAUGCAAGGUUACAUUCUGAAUUGACAUCCAUGUAUCAGAGUUUUUCUAUUUUUUUAGACCUCCUCAUAAUUCAGCAUUGACAAUUGAAUUGUAUUUCUCUAGCUGUUUUUUUGUAUAUGUGGAAUAAGUAGCUGGAUCUUGUAUUGUGAAAGCUUUUUAACUUCUUGGUAUGUUUUAAGGUAACUACUGGCAUUUCAAGCAAAAUAUAUGUUUGGACCUCGUCUAGAAAAUAAUGUGUGUAAUUUAAUCUGGUGCAGGCACACACAUUAAAGUCCAAUUUUCUCCAUGCAGCCAUUAUAUGCUUAAUGCAGAAUUAGUGAGGCUUAUGAGAUACAAGUUUCAGUGAGAAGAGUUUAUGCAGAUUUACAAUCAGACUCCGCAGCUGCAUGAAUACCAAAUGGUCUGGUGAUGCUAAUACAUUCACAGUGAACUGCAAACACACUCACAACUACUGGAUACUGGCAGGGACCAAAAAUUAUAUCAUCAGGCUGUUGUCACCACCACCCCCAUGCUGAAGCAUGGUCUAAAUUCCUGCACGUUCCUUUGAAUAUACAGGGGUUAGUAUUUUGUGUCGCAUGUUGGAAGGCAACGUGAUUUGGUCACAUUGUGCUUGGUGAAUUCAGGGGAGCAAAAAUCUAUAUAUUUUUUUGAACUAAUGAAAAUGUUGUGUUGGUUGUCAAUUCAGUUCCUAAGAACUGGGAGAAAUAAUUGAUUAGAAGGCUUAGAGCAAGACCACUUGAGUUUCCCAGACUACUUAUAAAAAAAAUUAAAAAUGGCAAACUGCCUUUUUCUAAAAACAUAAAUGGGUAAAAGUGUCUGACACUAAGAUUGUGUAGUAUAUUGAACAGCAUCUACCAUGGCAUUUCAUACCCAUGGUAUUUUUUUACCUUCUAAGCAAUCAAUUUUAGUAUUAUAUGUUUGUGUAAAUCACUUGCAUAUGGAGAUUAAAUUGAGUAGUGUCCAACUACUUGUGAAUUAUAUGAAUAAAUUAUAUGUCAUUCUAAA